GUAACCUAAAAAAAUAUAAGUACACUGUACACACAUUUAAGUAUUGUUUAUGUUGACAAUUAUUUUGUCUUUAUAAACAAUUUGUUUUAUUAAUAAUAAAUAAAUAAUAAUAUAAAAUUAAACAACUAAAUUAAAAUGAGUUUUGAAAAAACAAAAAAAAUUAUUGAAGAGGGUGAUAUUAUUGUACUAUAUCUUGGCCCUCAAAAUAUGCAUUCAUUUGAAGUUACUGAAAAAAUAUUAAAUAAAAAAGGUGAAUAUGUUGAUAAUGUAUUUCAAACAACAUAUGGUGCAUUAAAAGUACCAAGUUUAAUUGGCAAAGAAUAUGGUUCAAAAGUUGAAUUAUCAAAAGGAUGGGCAUUUGUUAUACAACCAACACCUGAAUUAUGGACAACAACAUUACCACAUAGAACACAAAUUAUUUAUACACCUGACAUUAGUUUGAUAAUUCAUUUAUUAGAUCUUGUUCCUGGAAGUAUUGCCAUCGAGACUGGUACUGGUAGUGGAUCAUUAUCACAUUCAUUAAUAAGAACAGUUCGUCCACAUGGUCAUCUUUAUACAUUUGAUUUUCAUGAAAAACGUGUUGAAAUUGCAACUGAAGAAUUUACAAAACAUGGAUUAAAAGAUUAUGUAUCAGUUCAACAUCGUGAUGUUUGUCUUCAAGGUUUUGGUGAUGAUUUAAAACACAAAGCAGAUGCUGUAUUUUUAGAUUUACCACAUCCAUGGCUUGUUAUUGAUCAUGCUGUUGAUGCAUUAAAAAAAACUGGUGGUAAAUUAUGUUCAUUUUCUCCAUGUAUUGAACAAGUACAACAAACAUGUAUUAAAUUAAAAUCAGCUGGUUUUGUUGAUAUUAAAACACACGAGUGUCUUCAACGUGAAUUAACAGUUCAUUAUAAACCAGUACCACAAUUAAAUUUAGAAUGUCUUAAAAAAAAACAUACAAUUGAAGAUAUGCCAUUGAGAAAAUCUGAAGAUCAAGAAAAAAUAUUAACUGUUAGCCAUUCACCAUCAUUACCUGGACAUACUGGAUACAUCACAAUUGCUACAUUACCACCUUUAUUUGCUCGAAUAAUUAUUGAUGCCUAAAUAUAUUAUUAGUUAAAUUGUUUUAUAUUUUUUACAUUAUUAUAUGAUGAAAAUAAAAUUAGACAGAUAAUGAUUGUCAAUAGGUGAAGAAAUUAAUUUUCUUUUUGUUUUUUUUUCUUUUUCAAUACAAAAAAAAUAUUUUAUUUUAUGAGAUUGUUUUUCUCCAUAUUAUUACAUCAUAUUGCUCAGUUUAUUUUUUUCAUUUUUAGAGCUAACA